AUGGCAAACUCUGAAGAUCCCUCAAUCUAUCUUUGCCUGGCUCCCCAUUUUGACAAAGACGGCGUCAGCGCACUCUCUGUACUUCUCAAGAUAGAGAACCCCUCUAUUAGAAAUGGCCAGCCUAUGUUUUUGUUUGACACCUUCAUGGACAACGUCCCUGGGCAUCCGUACUGCGAGAGCGACAUCCAUGCUUCAGAUGAUAACGGACCACUGCCGCUCGUCUUCCGCGACAUUCCAAGUCUGGACCGUAACACGCAGCAGCAAUGGUGCCCUACUCGACAAGUCAAGGGUCAUGUCUCUCUGAGAUUUGAUGCCUUUCCCCGCAAAGUCUCAGAGAAGACUCCGCUGGGGGCCCGUGUGGACCUUCGCAGGGAUCAAGGUGGCCUGCAAGGCGUUGGCCGCUGGUUUCUCCCCCUUCUCAUAUCUGACCGUGUUCAUAAAAACACGGUCGAAUGGAUCUUGCCAGAGGAGGCACCACAGUCAACAAGAUGUAUCUGGAGCCUCGGAGAAGGCCCUGACCCUGUCGUCGUGGUUGGUCGUGCUGAUACGGUGUGGAGAACCGUCUAUAUGACAGGCCCUGUUUGCUCCUAUCCAGACUCAGUCGCCCAAAAAAGUGACAUUCUCGCUGCUUGUUACUGGUUCGGCAGCCUACUUCCCAAUCUUGACCGGCUCAAGGCCUACAAUACAAGUCUUUACCCAAAGAUGGCAGAGCACUUCGGCGUUUCAGGGGAGUCCUAUCGUGUUUUUAUCCGAAAGACGAAAGUCGGAUUUGGAGGCUCUGGGUUCAUAGGAAGCUACGUGCUAGAGUACGAUGAGCAGGUAGCCGACGAGUCUGACGACUCGCUUUUGCUGCUAUUUACACAUGAAAUGGUACACAGUUUUUCUGACCUAAGCCAUGAAGAGGAUGGUUAUGAUAAUGACUGGUUCAGAGAAGGAAUCGCAGAGCUUUACUCAGCCUACCUACCAUACCGUUUUGGAUUCAGAGGCAAAGUCUUCCUGAUUGAGAGCAUUAAUCGUCAUCUGCAGGGAUACUUCUCUUCUCCGCGAAUUUGCAUGGAUAUUCGCGAAGCAGGUCAAGAGAUGUUUUCUGAUUGGUAUGCUGAAUGGAUCCCGUAUAAGAGAGGUUGCAUUUAUCUACUCUUCAUUGACUGCUGUUUGCGAAAGCAAGAUAGCCAAUGGGACUUAUCGUGCAACGGAGGCCUGGAUCAGAUCGUUUUGGACCUCUCCCGCCGUUGGAGAGCCGGCGAAAUUGUACGGGCUAGUGACUGGCUCAACCAAAUCCGCAACAAAUUGGAUCCCCCCAGCUUCUCUUUAGAGAAUUACUUCUGGAAUAUGCUCAAUGGUAAGCAACGCAUGGACUUUACCGGGCUCUCUUUCCAUGAAUCAGCGACAUGCUUCAUCCCUGUUGAGAUCCCAAUUCUUGAGUUUGGUUUCGAUAAAUGCAGUCGGAGCACGCGGGUCAUCACAGGUGUUGUUCCUGGCUCCAACGCGGAGGCUGCUGGAUUAAGGGACGGCAUGAAGCUCCUGGAAGCAUCGAGGCCUUCUAACUGCGUCGAGAAUGUGAACGAGGCAUAUCGAGUUGAAGUAGACGAUGGCAGUAUCAACCGGACUAUUCAAUUCUUGCCCAGAAAGUCAGAAAGGACAUUGGGUUGGCAGAUAUAG